UUCAUUAUCAGAGUUGAAGCUUCUUUAAUAAGUGAAAAAGAAAUAUAAUACUACAUACUCCGUAUAAAAUAAAGGGAAAAUAUUGUUAUUUAUAUUUUACACAUGAGGAUUCCGAUACGUGUUCAAUACGACGGCAGCGCGGGGAGGAGCAACCCGUGCAGGUGCAAGGUGGUAGGGCCGACGCUGGGGCUCUUGGCCUGUGCGGCGGCGGGGCUGGUGGAGUGGCCUGUGGGGGCCAUAGUGUACCCCUUCCGCCGCACAAAGGGCCGCCGCAUCAUGGCUCACCCCGCCACCGUCGUCUAUCCCACCGUCUCGAACUCCAUCCCCAUCUGAUCAUCACAUCAUACAUACAUAUAUCCCCAUCUGACUCCAUUUCCUAUGUCUUUCAAUUCUGUCUUUUCUUUUUUUGUUAAUUUGAGUGGUCUUCAAUCAUGUCUAUCUUAUAUUCUUCUUUAUCUUUGUUUGGAUCUGCGCUUCUUGUUUUCGUGA